UGUCCCCAUGCCCUGUGUGACCCCGGUAUCCCCCCAGAAGGUGACGGAGAUGUGGCAGGAGGAGCUGGAGCGGCGGCUCCGGGCGCUGUCAGAGCUGCAGAAGCACCACGAGCUCGUCAUGUGCUUCGUGUCCCGGGCCAUGGGCACCUCCCGGGGCACUGCCCUGCUGCUCUCCCACAAACUGAUCCAUUCCCAGAUCCAGCGGAGCCUCCGUGUCCCGGUGGAGCGUGAGGAGCCCCCAGGGGAGCUGAAAUUCCAGUGGGAUCUUCCCGCCUGGACCAAGAGUGCCGAGAACUUCGGCACCAUCAUCUCAGAGUGGCCCCUGCCCCGCUCCGGGAGCCCCCCCCCCUGCCAUGAGGCCCCGAGAUCCCCCCCCAGCCCCACAGGUGGUGAGCAACGGGCAGGUGACCCCCAGGCUGCUCUUUCAGCCCCCCCAGAACAGGGCUGGAGGGGGGGCACAGGAGGCCCCCUGGGGGUCCCCCCCAAUUGGGCGGGAGGCUCUGGGCCCCCCCCCUCCCGCCUCAGUUUCCCUCCGGGAUCGAGGGCUUGGAAUGUCCUGACUUGUCCCCCCCCACACCUGGAGCCGCCGCCAGAGACCCCCAAACUGGCAGCCACCGGGCCCCCCGAAAACACCGUCACAGGAGGGGACAGGAGGAAAUCUGGGAAUUCCCCCCGGGAGGAGAAGUUCGUUAAGAAGCUGCUCAUUAAACGGAGGCGUCCCCGAGGGUGCCAGGGCCCCCCCCCACGCCCCCUGAAGGUGCCGCGGGUGUCGCUGGAGCGGCUGGAGCUGGGCCUGGCGCUGGACCCGGCCCUGCCCCUGCCCGCCUUCCGCGUCCUGCCGGGGCCCUCGGCCGGGCAGUUCAGCGUCAUCGUCAUCGAGCAGGGGGGGACAGCCCAGGGGACAGCCCAGGGGACACCCCAGGGGACAGCGCAGAGCACACGGCCACAGGGAAACGUCCCCGUCAAG